AUGAGCCUCUCCCAGGUGCCUUCUGAGAUUCUUCGGCUCAUUGCCGUUAAUCUUGGACCUGAUGAUUUAUUCCACCUGGCCAUCAGCAGCCCCCAAUUCGAACACAUUAUGUAUGAUCCUGUCAUAUGUCGAAAGGUCCUGGAGAGCAUCAAAUUUUCGUCAGGCUACAGGCAAGAGUGUGAGACUGGCAGAUAUGAUAAAGCGCUGAGGAGGCUCAUCAAGCGACGCGAGGCUCUCCAGAUGGCAAGGCCGUUUCACGUGCUGGAAGUCUCCAGCGAAGCUGUUCAGUUCACGUACACAAACGGCGCUUUGUGUUACACUACGAAGCAACUCUCACCUGUCUACGAGCACCGCCUGCGAAUCCUGACUCUCGAGGGCCCUUCUGUCGAAGAAGUAAGCAUCGAUGUCCCUAAUCUCAUAAAAGACUGUGAUAUACCCCAUUUUGAAGAAACUCGACCCUACCAUUUCAGGCCGCUGUAUCAUGCAGAUGGCAUAGUUUCAUGCUUAUACGAGCAGAAAAAGUCACCCACCACUGUCCGCUGGUUGAUUAUAUACAGCCUUGAAAAGGGAAAGCUUCUCGAUGCCCGCCCUCUGCUUUCGACUGCCAAUAUUUUUGUCCGCAACAACUGCCAAUAUCUAUAUUACGGCACAAAGUCUUAUCCAGCCCAGGGGCAGCGCCGAUGGGUGAUCGAAGGCUUCUCUCUGAAAGACUUGGAAUGGUUUCCUCGCAGAACCAUUCUCUGGGAUUUGGCUGGUGCCGAAAUGGGGUCGACCAUCUGCUUCGAGAUCUUUGGCAACCACCUGUACGGAGUUUCUAGCCAAGAGUUGGCCGAAAUCGAAGAGUAUGAGUGGGACUCGCCGGGACAUCCGAUAGAUUCCUUUUAUUACGCCUUUCGGCUCCUUCUGCGUGACCCUGGCGAGAUUCAAAUCUUACCAAGGUCAGCUCUGUGGCGGCGAGGUGCGACAGACGGACCCAUCGAUGACCGCUGGAACCACCUUCAGAUUGCACAAGACGAGAUAUCAGGCCAAAUCUCUAUUUUUGAAACUAGAAAAGAGUGGCUCUCUUCGUGGAGCCGACGCACAUGCUACAGAAAGCAGCUAUUUUGGCCUUCUAUACCUCAGAGUACAGACGGCCAUCCCGAUGACCGCCCUGAAGAUUCUGAAGAUGAAUGCCCCGAUAACUUGGACAGCAUGGCUCAUUAUGAAUCAGCCCCAGAAAACAGUGUCCACCGCGGUGAUACUGGUUUUUCCUCUUCGACAUUCGACUUCCGCAAUACUCCGGUUCGUUCUUACAACCCAAGCUGCCAAGCUUUUGUCGACAUCGUGAGCACUACAACAGCAGCCAGUCCGAUAGCCAGACGACUUCGGUUGCGGGUUAGAAGACGACCACAGGAGCCGUGCCCAACCUCAGAAUCAGGCCAUAUGCCAUCAUCGCCCACCGAACUGGCGGAGGUUACUAAUGACUCGGAAGAUCAAUAUGUCAGACUAUGGCCGGAAGCCGAGGGAAAGCAGGGGAGUGAACAACCUAACCAAUCCCUGGAUCGCUAUUGCGAUGAGCUCCUCAACCCUCAGCCGCACUUUGACGAAGUCGACUGGGCAAUGGAUGAAAGUGUUUUGGUUUAUUCUCCCAAGUCUUUGAAUCGCCCUGAGGAGCCACGCUCCAUCAUUCUCGUGUCCUUUGACCCCGGCCUGCAUUUCCCAAAACAGUGCCAUUGGGUUGGAAGCUCGACACCGCCAGUUUCGAUGAGCUACCAGCUGAGCAAAGUCGGAAAUGCCCCGUUGGGCUCAAGCACAACGAUGAAUGAGGAAAUGGUGGCUCCUCAUUCCUCGAAGAUCCUAGGUCUCGACUUCACAGGGGAAUCCCGGCAGAUAGCUCGGGCCUCCACCUCGACACCGAAGGCAUCUCUCAAUGGAUUCACAGCAUUCACAGCCCGGAAGAAGCCCCGUCUUGAGGGAGUUUUUAUACCAACAAACACGGCCAGUAUCCAUUGUGGAUGA